CCCCGUCGGUGUCCUAACCUCGUUUUCUCGGCGCGGACGUUCGCGUACGCUAAAUAACCUAACAGUUGACGGUGUCGCCGUAGAAGGGAAAACGAAAAAGAGAAAAAAAGCGCGGUCGGCGUGAGGUGUCUCGAGAGAGGACCGUUGUCAGAAGCAGCGAGGAGCCUGGUAAUUCGCUCACGAUGGUGAAACUGACGCCCGAGCUUAUAGAGCAGUCGAUGCAGUACAUCAAUCCCGUGCGGGAUCGCGAGUUAGAUCUGCGAGGAUACAAGAUACCAACCAUCGAGAAUCUGGGCGCGACUUUGGAUCAAUUCGACACGAUAGACUUUUCCGAUAACGACAUACGCAAACUGGACGGUUUCCCGCUUCUGAAGAGGAUAAAGACCCUGUUUUUCAAUAACAAUCGCAUCGUCAGGAUCGGCGAGGGAUUGGAGCAUUGCAUACCGAACUUGAGUACGCUCAUGUUGACCGGCAACAUGAUACAGGAGCUGGGCGACCUGGAGCCUCUGGUGCAGCUGAAGAAUCUUACGAACUUGUGCCUGCUUCAAAACCCGGUGUCCGCUAAGCCGCAGUACAGACAGUACGUCGUCUACAGAUUUCCCCAGCUCAGGCUGCUGGACUUCCGAAAGAUCAAGCAGGCGGAACGCGAGACGGCGACCGAGUACUUCAGGAGCAAGCGCGGCAAGGAGAUGGCGCGCGAGAUAGCCAAGAAGGCGAAGGCGCAAACGGCGGGUACGUCCGCGGACAAGCCUCUGACCACUCCCGAAGAGCGUAACAAGAUUCGAGAAGCCAUUACGAACGCGUCUUCCCUGGAGGAGGUACAGAGGCUCAGUAAAUUGCUGCAGGCGGGCCAUAUACCUGGCGAGGAACGAUUGCAAAAUGGUGGCGGAGCCGCGGAGCCUAUGGAAGAGGAUGAUGAUUAAAUUGCUGAGAUUAUUAAUUUAAGUACAAAACAAACUUCCCAGUGUAAGUAUGCAGUUUUGACGGAGUAGAGGCGUGAUAACAGUGCAUAUAUUAUGCUGAUAAGAAAUUGUAUACUACACGGAUUUACUACUACAGUGGUACUCUUUUGGAGUAACGCGGAAUUUGCUUUUUUGUAAAAAUAAAAUGUGGAAAUUAGCCUGGAAGCGAUUUUCGUAAUCACCUGUUACACUGAACGCUAUUUUAAUAUAUCUGUGUGUUUAUUUCAGCAGAGUCAAUAAAGAAUUUCUUCAAGCGA